UCUUGGGUCCAUUGACCAAUAAAAAUACACCCACACCGGCAAAUAUCCCGAGCCUCCGAAGCAAUGCGGUGAAUUUCCCGGGAAGUCGCAGGACGGAAAGUAUUGGCCAUCCCAGCAACACCAAAUCUGAAAGAGUAACCAGGCGUGGUGAGGGAGAAUGGCUUCCAGACAGCAGGGAGAGAGUUGGACCGAGGAGGUAAUCUGUCCCAUUUGUCAGGAUUUCUUCACCGAUCCGGUUAUACUGGAUUGUGGACACAACUUCUGCCGCUCCUGUAUCACCCAGAGUUGGGAAAGGCAAAAGAUAAACUCCUGCCCGGAAUGUAGACAGGAGUUUCCGGACAGAUGCCUCAGAGGAAACCGGGCCUUAGCGGAUCUGGCCGAGAAAGCUCGAACAUUAAAUGUGAAUCCACAAGAGAAGGAAAGUAAACAUCACUGUGAGGAACAUCAGGAAGAACUGAAGCUGUUUUGUGAAACUGACAAGAAAUUGAUCUGUGUGAUUUGUCGAGAUUCCUGGGAACACAAAUCUCACAACUUCAUGCCGGUUAAAGAAGCUGUUGGAAUCUACAAGAAUCGGGCGAAAUCUUCCUUGGAUUCUCUCAGAGAGAAGAAAUCAGCGGCUCUAGAAAUGGAGCAGCAGCAGAAACAGAAGAUUUCCCAAAUUCAGGAGGAAUCCACAAAUCUUCAGAGCCACAUCACAUCCGAAUUUUCCCAAAUGCACCAGAUGCUGACUGAGAAAGAGCAGAGUUUACUCCGAGAUCUCAGGGAACAAGAGGAAAACAUUCUCAAACCAAUGGAGCAACAUCUUCAUGAAAUUCAAGAGAAUUUAAAGUCUAUUCAGCAGAAACUCUCAAAGUUGGAGAAACGGCUGGAACACACAGACGGAGUGAUAUUUCUGAAGGAGGAAAUAUCUCAGAAGAGAGGAAUUAGUGAUGGAGGCUAUGCACUGUCACCAGCAAAUGGUGCCCUGUCCUUUGGAAUAUUCAACGGCCCUUUACAGUACAGAGCGUGGAAAGAGAUGUUAACUCACAUUACACCAGUUCCAGCCGCUCUGACUCUGGAUCCAAACACAGCGAAUCCUUGGCUCAUUCUGUCUGAGGACCGGACCAGUGUGAAACAUGGCAGUAAACGGCAGUCUCUCGCCCAGAGCCCAGCAAGGUUCGAUUUGUGGCCCUCUGUCCUGGGAUCUGAGGGAUUCACAUCAGGGAGACAUUACUGGGAGGUGAAGGUGGGAAAUAAGGCUUUUUGGGGCCUGGGAGUGAGUCUAGAGUCUGCCAGGAGGACAGGGAAAAUCGACCCAAAUCUUGAGGCUGGAUAUUGGACCAUGUGGCUGAGUCCCAGCAGUGGCUACAUUGCCCUUACUUCAUCCUCAAGAACUCCACUCACCCUGACUGUGAAUCCCCAGAAGAUCGGGGUGUUCCUGGACUAUGAGCAUGGACAGGUAUCAUUUUACAAUGCGGACACCAUGUCCCACUUGCACACUUUCACCCACACCUUCACUGAGAGGAUCUUCUCCUUCUUUCAUCCAGGACCAAAUGAUGAAAAGAAAAAUUCUGCACCACUAGAAAUCUGUGGAGUCACAUCAAUCCUGUAAUGUGAGACCAGGUCCCUGCCUUCUACCAGCUAAAGCCUGCUGUGGGUCUUUUUCCCAGCGGAGUCAUGUUGAGCUCAUGGUGGAUAUAUGUCUUGUUGAUGAGAUUUGUUUUGUUCAAUCUGAUCAGAGUGACAAACUCAGAGAAGGCAGGAGGCCAUUCAGCCCAUUAAGAUGGCUUUCCUAUUUAUUCAGGCAGAGACCGAGCUGCAACUUUCUGAUCCGGUCCUUUCAGUCAGCAUUACUAUACCCAAACAAUCAACUGAUCAAAGUUGUGACAUUUUCAAUUGACCCAUCAGUGGCGUCACAUCUUCCCACUCCACUGUCUUUAAGAAACAUUGCUAGAAAUGUAUUUGGAUGUGCCAAAUGCUAAUUUGCAUCUCACAAUCUUGUUCGGGCGGGGAACAUUUCUCUUCAUUAACUGUGUUGAGUUCAUCAAUCAUCUUUUGCCGUGGGAGAUUAUCUUCAUAAUAUCAAUCUUAUAACCAAGGCAGUUGGCAUUCUGGUGAAUCUGCAGUGCACUCACUCCAACAUGUAUUCACAGAUGUGGUACUCAGACUAGAUUCAUCAUCUGGAUUUUAUCCUCAACUGUGUAAAACCGCAAUAUAACUUCUCCUCAUUUGAAUCUGAGCUCUUUUCUGAUAAAGCAAACA